AUGGACAACUUCGGUCGUGGAAAAUGGACACUCAAAUCCCGGAGACUGGCUACAGAGGGAAGCAGCCUCGCUCCUUCAGGUAUCAGAAGCAACCAAGACUUGGACCCUAUUCCUCCUCAACAGAUGACAUGGAAUGGGCUUGACUUUGCCAAUUAUUGGGUCUCGGACUUGGUCAAUAUCACAAGCUGGUCUGUCGGAACCGCGCCACUUCUUGUAGGCUUAAGCACAGUCGAUACAGUCACCAUCCUUUUUCUCUCCGGUAUUUGCAAAGCCGUUCCUACAAUUCUUAUUGGAUACGUGGGAAGUGAUUACCAUAUACCUUUCCCAAUUGCAAUCCGGUCAAGCUUCGGCUAUUACUUUGGGUACUUCCCAGUUUUCUCUCGCGCUAUUCUCUCGGCAGUUUGGCUCGGGGUAAACUGCUAUUAUGGACUUUUUGCAAUGACUGAGGCCAUUGCGGCGAUCUGGCCCAGUUACCGGAACAUCCCAAACCAUCUGCCCACGUCAGCCGGAAUCACCACCCAGCAAAUGAUCUCUUUCUUCCUGUUCUCAUGUCUACACAUUCCAUUUAUGAUGAUACCUGUUGAACGGCUCAAAAAGCUAUUUCUCUGGAAGACAAUUCUGAUUGUUCCUGUAUCUAUCGCCAUGACGGUGUGGAUCUGCGCUGCGCACCGAUGGUUGUUUGUGGCUACAUUCUCGUCAACCACCAAUUCGUGGCUGACCAGUGCGAUUAACAUGUCGGAUUUCUCGCGUUUCAGUAAGCGAACGAGAGGCCAAUGGGCCCAAUUACCCACUAUCCCAAUCCUCAAAACUAUCUAUUCAGUGCUGGGUCUUGCCGUUGUGGGUGCGGGCCGUGUACUCUAUGAUGAAGAUCUCUCCAGUCCCGUUGCUAUGCUUCCCUACUGGCACACAACCGGUGGCGGUCGGUUUCUGGCAUUCUGCUGUGCGUGCCUCUGGCUGCUCGCGCAAAUCUCUUGUGACCUCUCAGCCAACUCGGUCCCCUUUGGUCACGACGCCAUGGCAAUUCUACCCAGGUGGCUCAAUGUGCGCCGAGGAAGCAUUUUAUGCCUGUUUCUCGGUACGUGGGCGAUGGUGCCGUGGUUGAUUGUCAAUAGCGCGUCCAAAUUCCUCACUUUCAUGUCUGCUUAUGGGGUCUUCCUUUGCCCUAUUUGUAGUAUCAUGAUAGUGGAUUACUUCCUGGUGCGUAAACGGAAGCUUAACCUGCUGGAUCUCUACCAUCCACACGGCUGCUACCGCUAUUUCGCCGGCGUAAAUUGGCGAGCGCUUGUUACAGAGAUCGCUUUCAUCGCUAUAAAUCUACCGGGGAUGAUCAACACUAUCACUCCCAGCAUCCCAAUUCCGGUGGCACUCCUGCGUAUCUACCAAAUGAAUUGGUUUAUUACUACUGUCGGCUCGUUCUUUGUCUAUUGGGGACUUUGUCUUGUCUUUCCCCCCACGGAAUCAUUGUCCACGGCUAUUCUCACCAGUGGCGAGAUUGCAAUAGAUGUUGUGACCGGUCUGCAGGAAGUUAAGAUGGGCGGAGAUUCAAAGGCAUAG